AUGGCUGUUGGUCACAUGCUGGAUCCUCUACUAUUCUAUGUUCUUCCCGAAAGCGUGCUAAUCCCGCGCCCCCUGUCCUUCUCCUUAGUUUCUAAACUAGCAGAAUCGCAGGACAUAAAAAGUGGGAAGUUUCAAGUCAAGUCAAGAAUCAUAAUCGAACUGGAGGAGCUUGCCAGGAUGGUCUCCUACCUUCGUACAGCCUUGAACUUGAAGUCGAACUAUAGAACUAACCUUAAGAGGCAGUAUGAGACCGCGUUGUAUCGAAUUAAACCACAUUCUGUUGAGUUCCGCCUUUUUAGGCAUGCCAAACACCCUUUUGAAAGUUGUAGUUGUGUUCUGUCCCACUUUGUUCUCCUCAGCAAACGGGCCCUUAUUUUCUCAUCAUCAAGGAACAUGAGUCGCUCUAGCAGAACUCUAUACGUUGGCAAUCUCCCUGGGGAUAUUCGCGAGCGAGAAGUGGAAGAUUUGUUUUACAAGUAUGGUCGCAUAGCCCAUAUUGAUUUGAAAAUUCCACCAAGGCCUCCAGGUUAUGCUUUUGUUGAGUUUGAAGAGGCUCGUGAUGCUGAAGAUGCUAUCCGUGGUCGCGAUGGCUAUGAUUUUGAUGGGCACAGAUUAAGGGUGGAACUCGCCCAUGGUGGUCGUGGCAACUCAUCUUCUACAGACCGUCAUGGCAGUUAUGGCAGUGGUCGCGGUGGUGGUGGUGGUGGUGGUGGUCGCAGUGGUGGAGUAUCUAGACGCUCUGAUUACAGAGUUAUGGUGACUGGCUUACCCUCUUCUGCAUCAUGGCAAGACCUAAAGGAUCACAUGCGCAGAGCUGGAGAUGUUUGUUUCUCCCAAGUUUUUAGGGAGGGUGGUGGCACUACAGGGAUUGUGGACUACACAAACUAUGAUGACAUGAAAUAUGCUAUACGGAAAUUGGAUGACUCUGAGUUUCGAAACGCCUUCUCUCGUGGAUACAUUCGUGUGAAGGAAUAUGAUUCAAGCCAUUCAAGGAGCCGGAGUCGCAGUCGAAGCAAAAGCAGGAGCUACAGCAGGAGUCGCAGCAGGAGCAUAAGCAAGUCCCCAAAAGCAAAACCUAAAGCUUCAAGAUCUGUGUCACCUCGUUCUGGAUCAAAAUCAAGCAUAUUGGGAAAGGAGAAGAAUGAUGGAAAUGGAUUUGCAAUGGUAAAGCUGGGAUGUGAAGUAGGGGACUAUACGAUCCUGCAUGUGGCUCUCUCCCACUCUAUCUCUUCUCUCUCUCUUGGAUCAGAGGAACAUGUGGAUAUUAAACUCGCUUGUUUCUGGAACUUUUGCAGAUCUCCUUCAAGAUCCAGAUCUCCCCUACCUUCUCGCCCUAAGCGGAUAAGUAAAAGCCCAAAAAGACGCACCCCUAGCAAGAGCCCCAGCAGAAGCAGAAGCAGGAGCAACAGUUUAUCUCGGUAAUAAGUUAGCGGGUUGAUGAUUAUGGAUGGAGUGGAAAAGGAGCAUGAGUGAUAUGGUGAUGUUGCUUACUAUUUCAGUUAUUAAUAGUGGUGGAUUAUGAUUUUAUGAUUAUUCAUGAGAUUCGGAAAGAAUGGAUUUGUGACUUUGUUUUGGUUAUGUGACUGGGUUUGGUGUUAGUUUCUGCUCUAAUUUGAAACAAUUUGUUUUGUUUUUCAUGUGUCACUUGGUACUUAAAAAACUUUGCAUCGUUUAUGAUAAUCUUUUAUGGUGUUGUCUUGUCUGUAAGUUUUGUAACAAAGGCUUUGUUUGUUAUGCAUCACAUGACAGAACACACGCGGAAACCAAAAAAGCAC